AUGGCUGCUCCACAAUGGUUGGCCUCUGGAGCGGGCAAGGUCUUUCAAACCUUGGGGCAAUGCAAAGGUGAAGAGCGCAGGCGAGAGUUGGUUGCACAGCUGGGCCAAAGUGAAAAUGCCGAAGAUGUCUUCCAACAGUCUGCAGUAACAUUGUGGUCGAUGCUGCUAGACGCGCACAAGGUGAAGAAGUUUGCAGCUCCUGAGGGUCAGGUGUUGCCAGUGCUUUCGCUCUGCUUAUCAUCUCGCCUGGAAAAAGUCCUUGGCGCUGGUCUGCCAGCGGUGGAUCUCAAUGAGGCGACAGCACAAAAAGCGCUCGAGGAAGCAAGAAAUUCAGGCAACUCGAGCAAAGUUGCAGAGGCUCUAUUGGCUCUAGCGGCAGCACGACUCUGCGCGAAUGGCACCCUGCCAGAGGUCAGCGACCUGGUGCGUCAGGCCCUGACGCUGGUGCCCGGUGAUGCCAUGGAGGCGAGCGCCUGCAACGUCCUGGCGAAUGUGUACAUCUUGAUGGGUCAAGGCAAGGACGCCCUCCGUUCCGUGAAGCAAGGGCUAUCUGCCAUGCGUGCGCGGGGAGGCAAGAAGAUCUUGGAGGUUCCAUUGCUUCACACCCUGAUGAGUGCGAGCUUCCUGCGACAUGACACAGACGAGGCCCUGCGAGCAUGUCGAGAGGUGGCUCUUCUGUGCAAAGACGUGAAAGAUCCUGCAGUGCUGGCCUUGGCUGAGGGAUGCACGGCGCUGGCACAUUUGGCCAAUGAUGAACAAGGGCCUGCAGAGAAAGUUCUUGAGACAUCUCUGAAGUCCUUGAACGAUGCGGAUGGCAAGAUCUUGCUACUAGGCGCCCUGCAAGAAGUCAGCUUCGCCAUUGGUAAACCCGUCUCCGCCGUGAAAGCCGCCGGCGAUCUGCUGGCCCUGGAGCGCAAGCGUGGAACGAAGGAAGGCAUCGCACGUGCCCUGCUGCUGGUCUCCGCCUCGGACCCGGGCGCCACAGAGGCGCCCAAGAUGGCGGAGGAGGCGAAGCAGCAGUUCGUCAGCCUGGGAGAUAAGCUGGGCGAAGCCUUAGCCCUGAUUGCCUUGGGGAAAGUGCAGCUGUCUCAGCCGACCACGGUGUCCACGGCGUUGCAGAGCGCCAAGGAAGCGAUGAACGCCUUUGGGCACCCUGCAGGGCAGGGAUUUGCGAGCAGUUUGAUGUGCCUGGCACAUCUGCGGCAGGAGGAUUCCAAGGCUUCAGAACGAUCGGCCAGGGAGGCACUGAGCUUGUUCCAGGAUGCAAACCACCGAGCUGGACAAGCCUUAGCGGAGUUGUUGGUGAGGAAGUCGCAGCAGUUGUCCCAAAAGCCAAAGGAAUGCAAAAUCGUCAUAGACGACGAUCGUGUGGCGCAUGUGGAAAUCUCGGGCGUUUGUACCCCAAAAUCGCUGGAAGCUGUGUUGCAAGCGCUGCAUCAUGCCCGCUGCAAGGAGGGUGUCAAGGCAGUGGUGUUGUUGCUGCAGGGUAGCAAGGGCCCCGUGAGUCCCGCGGGAUAUCCCGGCACUGCUGGGGGUCUCACUGCCGCACCUGAUUCGCAGGCACUGGCCAGCGGCACUUUCCUGCUGGGCUUACGAACCCUGGGUUUGCCCUGCGUUGUGGCAUGUUGUGGCAAGAUCGCUGGCCCUGCAUGGGGCUUGGUGCUCGCUGCGGACUAUCGCAUUGCCGCCGCGUCCAGUAGCUUCAUCCUACCCCUGUGGGGCCCACCCGAAUGCUUCGGUGACCUGGUGGGGCACACGGUGGCCAUGCAGUUGUGCUACACUCAGGGCCCAGUGAGUGCUUUGACCAUGCUGGAGUAUGGUGUGAUCCAUCAGUGUCAGAAAGGCGAAGAUGACACCAAGAGGGCAGCUGCAGAGGUGGCCAGGAGAAUUGCUUCAACACCAAGCUUAGCGUGCCACCAAAGCACCACCAUGCUGAGCCCUGCCAUUGAGAAAUAUGCCUCCCUGGUAGCGCGAGGAGGUGUCCGAGCUUGA